ACUUCUGAAUAAUCCUGCAAUAGUUUUAAACCUUUCGAAUCCAAAUUUUCUUAAAUUGUAUCAAAAUACUGGGUGUUUUUCCGCAACUAAGAGAGACGGCUGUGCGUUUUUCAUUAAAAAUUACUAGUGGUCAAGAAGUCUCGAACGCGGCUCUUUUUCUCACCCGACUUUGGGUUUUGCUCUUUGAGAACCAGAAGUUAGGUGAUGUCACGCAGGCCGUGACAUGAAGAGAGUUCCACGCACUUAAAGCCAUCCAAGCUGCUCGGAGUCCUGUGUUUGCUGCCAUGUUCGAGCUCGAGAUGGAAGAGCGGAAACACAAUCGAGUCGAGAUCGCAGACGUGGACCACGAGGUGCUGCGCGAAAUGCUGCGCUUCAUCUACACCGGACAGGCAACCUGCCUGGACAAGAUGGCCGACGACCUGCUGGCCGCCGCUGACAAGUACGCGCUGGACAGACUCAAGGUCAUGUGCGAGGAGGCCCUGUGCACCAACCUGAGCAUAGAAAACGUGGCUGACACCCUGAUCCUCGCCGACCUGCACAGCGCAGACCAACUGAAGGCGCAGGCCAUCGAGUUUAUCAACACAUGUGUGACCCGCUAUGCUGGUGCUGAUUGCAGGCACGCGACCGACGUGAUGGAGACUGCCGGCUGGAAGAGCAUGGUGCAGUCCCACCCACACCUCAUCGCCGAGGCCUUUCGUUCCCUAGCCACCCAGCAGAUACCUCCGAUCGGCCCGCCGAGGUAGCGCGUCAAGCCCAGCUGAAAGCACACCCUGUGCUGAGCCGCCAAAUCAUCCCCCAUCACUACCACCACCACUUCAGCAACAUUUCUUAUGUGUUCAAGCCAUGCCACUAACACGACGUGUCCCACCCAUUUGUAUUAACCCUAAUUUUGUGCAAACCCACACACAAACAAACCUCCUCUCACACUCGAGCCGCCAAAAAGUCGGCGAAGAGAGGCGAAGAAAGAAGUUCUCUUUCCGAACGAGCUGCGAGCUGUGUCUGUCUGUGCGACCAACUUAAUCAAAAUGGACCUGUGUUGUUUGAUUUGCAGACAAACACACACUCACUCUCACAGUGCGUGUGAUAUACUACGUUUUUUUUUCUUUGUUGAACUGAUCAGUGCUGAAAGUGACUUCUUGGAUAAACCCUAUUUUCAGGGCGUUACUCUUUUUUAGUUAGUGAUUGAUUUUGAAAUGUCAGUAGUGAUUCUUAUAUCAUGGUAAUUAAUUCGUUGUCGGUCGAGCAAACUCUUUUCACCACCUGUGAACUAAAAAACGAGAUGAUGAUGAAAUCGUUCUGACGGGAAGCAUUUUUUCCAAAUGUGACUAAAUAAAGGUAGAAAAGCGUUAGCUGGGGAUGCCAUUUAAAAAAUGUGUAAAAUUUGCUGCUGUAGGAUGAUGAUGAUAAUUUUUCACGAAGGGUAUAUAAAAUUAAAAUAUCCCUAGAUCUCAUACACUUGUAAUGAAAACGACAAACUACUGUUAAAAUGUUGAUUUUCUAACUCGUAGUUUUCCUCCGUGUUUGUUACAAACUACUGUUUUUCCCCCAUCCUCUUCCUCCUGAUUUGCGAGCACAUAAUUGUUGUAAGGGCAAAAACCACUUGAUCGUGCAUGGGAUUUGAUAAAAUUGUUGAAAAGAGAAAGACCAUUUUUUAAUGUUAUAAAAAAAUACCGUUGACCUCUCCUCGAUUGUGCCAACUUGGACAGUAUUUUUUACCAAUUUUUCUCCGAGACGAUAAAGUGCGAGCAAAUUGUGCACCCUGAAAUUUGGCGCAUUUCCCUCUUCAAAUUGUAAUUCAACGGACAAACCAGCCACAUUGAAAACUCACUGACUCACUUUUCUUCUUGAUAUCUCUUUUGACAAAACGCUGCAUUUCUCCUCUCUGGUUCUGUAUUUAUGUAAAAAGUCGCUUGAUUUUUUCCCCAGAAUAAUUUUUGCAAAAACACGCAGUUUCCUCUUUUUUAUUCAUUGAACCGCUUUCUUGAUUUAUUUUUAGAAGACAAUCCUGAAAACCGUUCGAGGCUCAAAUCUGAAGAUGAAAAAAGUUUCUAUACCUCCCCCGUCAGCCGUAGUGUCCAGAUGUAUACGACCCUCCUCCUCAAUUACAAGUGAUGAAAAUUGAAUGAAGAUUCACGUCAAACGUGUUGCAAUUCCCUCCUCUUAAGAUAUAAUUCAAAGAAAUUAAAAAAAAAAAACUGAUCAAGAAUCACAAAAUCCUCAGAAUCUGUAAAAAUGAAUGAUAUUGCUGUGCUUUCCUCCAGUUAAAAGAGAGUAUUCCGCGCUUCUGAUACUACGCGUUACUUUGCAAAAAUUAUUUUUAGUUGUACAAACAAUACUGCCACGAGCACUUAAAGCACUAAUUACGAAUGGAAAGUAAUAAUUACAUAAUUGUCUGUUUCGAUUUUUUGUUCCUAAUGCUAAAAGUUGAAUGUGAAGAGAAUAAUUAAUAAAUUUUAAAAACGCGA